AUGCGUUGUCAUCGCCUUACGAGAGUAUUUACUGCAACGAAACACUUCUAUAACAUUGAUGAACCCUUAUUUAUCCUGCAGAACGGGGAACCGCUCACAAGAGCUUUACUUAAUGCUAAUUUAAGAGAACUUUUAAAUAUUUUAGGCUACGCAGAACAAGAAUACGCCCCGCAUAGCUUUAGAAUAGGUGCAGCUAUCACAGCUGCAGCUGCGAAUCUGCCACCUUGGUUAUUAAAAACUCUUGGUAGAUGGCGAUCGUGUUAUGAACUGUAUAUUCGUACACCGGGAACGAUCAUAAGCUUUGUUCCUCAAAAAUUAGCUGCAGUACUUAAUCCUUAA